AAAGUUUUUCUGUUCGGUCAGCUGGUUGACUGGUAGAGAAUGCCAAACGGCAUUAAGUCCGCCUUUUGUACAUUUUUGUUUAGUGCAAUAAAGUUUUAAAUAAAUAAAUAAAUAUGACGGGAUCAUGGCAAGUAUACUCCACUCCGUCACGUGACCCUGCCUACCCCUCCGAGAAAGGAGCGUGAUAAAAGGAGUGUAUUAAUAGUUGUUUAACUUAUAUGUAGGAAACAACAGACCAAGGCGAACAAUUAUCGCUCAUUUUAACAAAGAGAAAGUGAUAUAAUAUAGCAGUAAAUAAGUUCCCGUUCACCUUGACAUAAGUUGACAACUUAAACAAACCAUUGACCUGACUGAAAACUGCUUCCUUGUUUGUUUCUAUGUUUUCACUCCCGUGAUGUUCUGGAACUGAAAAAAAAACAUAGUAUAUGUGACAGCUGCUUGAGACGAAAGGACAGAAAUAUGAAAAUAGUUCGAAUUAAUGCCGUGUGGUUCCCGGCACCAAUACAAAAAAAGAAUAGGACCACUCCAUCUCCACUCCAAAGGCGACUAAGGGAUAGGCUUACAAACUUGGGAUUCUUUUUUUAGGCGAUGGGCUAGCAACCUGUCACUAUUUGAAUCUCAAUUCUAUCAUUAAGCUAAAGUAGCUGAACGUGGCCAUUCAGUCCUUUCAAAACUGUUGGCUCUGUCUACCUCGCAAGGGAUAUAGACGUGACCAUAUGUGUGUAUGUAUGUAUUGAUUGAUAAAAUGAAGGUGGUUUGUUAACUACGGAGCCCUAAAAAGCUGAUUGGGAAUUUGAUUGACCUUUAACCUAACAGAUAAUAUGCCGUCCAAACGUACCUACACCAAUGACCCAAAUUUUACUUAUAUCAACAUCAUUUAAUUGUUUACCUAAUGAUUUGACACAAACUUGAGAGUCAAUGACCUCAUUUCAUGACUUCAUCUAUAUUUUUACUUCGUACAUGACGCCUAUGAAAAGUAGGGAAAUGUCAUACAUACAAUCACGUCUUUAUUCUUUACGGGGUAGACAAAGUCAACAGUCUUGAAAAAACUGCAAUUUAAAACUUAAAUAGUGAGAGGUUGAUAGCCUAUUACCUAAAUAAAGAGUCCCAAAUUCAUAAUCCAUUUCCUUGAAGAUUGGUAGUGCCACAAACGAUUUGUAUGUUUGUAGCGAAUAAACUCAAAAACUACUGGAUUGUUUACACACGCACAGAUAUAGAAUUGACCUUCGGGAGUGACAUAGGCUAUAUUUUUUUUGGAAUUUCCCACGUAAGCGAAGCCCCGCGCAAAAGCUAGUAUAUAAUAUGGUAGAAAUAUAAGCAAGAGUAUCCUUUGAAAUUAAUGGGAGACGGAGAAAUAUUAAUGGAAAAUUAUUAAAAUAUAAUAGAAUAGAAUUGAUUCCUUUACAAAAUUGAACACUAAGUAUAACUUAUUGACGUCACAUAACUUUAUCUAAUUAUAUCUACUACCGCUUCCAAAGCGCAUGUGUAGAAGAAGCAGCGGAACAAACUACACUGCAGCAUUUUCACCGGACGUCAAUUAACAAAUAUAGAUCUCUUAAAUCUAAAUAAUGGACGAAUGCACAUUGUCUACUUUAAAAAUUGUGAAUGAGUAUAAAACUAAUGAUUUCAAUACGAUUAUUUUGUCUCUCUUUAAUUCGCCACAAGGAAACAACAUAGUAUAAAUAGUAUACAAUAACAUAAUUAAUGUUAAUUACUAUGUUGUGUUUGCGGUCGACUGAGUAUAAAUUAUCUUCAGUCCUUGUUCUGAUCGAGACGUGUAAACAUAUAGAAUUGUUAUUGUUAAGAAUAUUUUUUUUCUGAUUUAUUUUAAAAGGGCAUAAGUUACAUUUUGUGUGAUUUUCCUUAGUUAUAAUUGUAAGUGCUUAACCCAGAUCAGGGCUAUCAGCACCUCAGACCAUGACAGCCAUCCCACCCAUCUAAACAGGCCAUGAAGUGGGUGGCUUUGUUAUCUCUGAUCGCAGCCAAUGUAGUCCAGCAACCGUCUCCAGUGGUGAGGGUCGGAGGAGGCCUGGUCCGCGGCAGCGUCAGCGAAGAUGGCCGCUUCUACCAGUACUUCGGUAUACCUUACGGGAAGGUCGACCAACGGAAUCGGUUCCAGGCUCCCCUGCCUCCCCCACCAUGGGAAGGCAUCUUCGAAGCCUCGAACGAGAACACGUGGUGUCCACAGAUCUACCACUCGGUCGUGAUCGGCGACACCGACUGUCUCAAACUUAACGUCUACACUCCAGUGGACGCAAACCCCGAAAAACUGCUGCCUGUUAUGGUAUUCAUCCAUGGUGGAUGUUUCUUCGAAGGCAGCGGCUCCAAUUUCUACUACGGUGGCGAUUUUCUUGUGCAACGCGGAGUUGUUUUUGUCGGCAUCAAUUACAGACUCAGCGUUGAAGGUUUCCUUUGUCUGGGUAUAAAAGAAGCACCGGGCAAUGCUGGUUUGAAAGACCAAGUCUUCGCUUUGAAAUGGAUUAAACAAAAUAUUAGAGCGUUUGGUGGAAAUCCUGAUAGCGUCACUUUGUUUGGAGAAAGUGCUGGGGCUGUUUCAACUUCUUUUCUAAUUUUGUCUCCAGCCGCGAGAGGGUUGUUCCAUAAAGCCAUAUUGCAAAGUGGAUCCUCAUUUGCUCCUUGGGGUCUGCAGCAUGAUCCGCUGGACGUAGCCAGUAAACUAGUCAAACAAUUCGGAUAUAAUACCAAAGACCCAUACGAAAUAUACAGUAUUCUUGCCAAUAAGACUGCCAGUGAAAUAAUAUCAGCCAUCAAAUAUUCUGAAAACAGAAACUGGAUUACGGCUGACAUGUUAUACGUGCCGUGUGUUGAAAAAGAUAUCCCUGGAACUGAAGCUGUCAUAACGAAACAUCCAGGUAGAAUUAUCAAAUCUGGAAAUUAUACUAAAGUGCCAAUGAUAAUCGGAUACAAUGACAAUGAAGGAAUCUUUUUCGUCGGCAAAGACUACGGGACCAGUUUGAAAGAAUUUAAUGUUCUAUCGCCGCUCCAAACUGAUUUAGUGUUUCCGAAUGAAAUGGAAAGAAAUGCGACGGCUGAAGCGAUCAUGAGGCAUUAUUUUUCGUCUGAUGCAGAUGACCAGAUAAUGAACAUGGUUGAUUUGUAUUCAGACGUGCACUUCAAGUAUCCCUCCGUUGUGGAGUCGCAGUUGUAUUCAAAGACGAGCAAGGAGAAGAUAUAUUAUUACUUGUUCAAAUACAACGGAUACAUGAACAUGCCAAAGUACAUAUCGAUGUUUGUGGGGAAAGGAGGGGCGUCCCAUGCUGAUGAGCUGUUCUACAUAUUCCGCCCGAGGGGAUUCCCCCUGCCACAUCGCUAUCUGGAACACAGGAUGAUCAGGAGAAUGGUGACCAUGUGGACAAAUUUUGCCAAAUACAGCGACCCCACCCCCUCAACAUCGCAGCUGCUGCCGUUCCGCUGGCAGCCCGGCCGGGAACCGAACCCCACAGCUCUGGUCAUAGACCGCCAGCUGUCCACCGCGCCCCUGUGGGAACCGGCGCCCGUGGCGUUCUGGAACGACACGUACAAGAAAUAUAGGAGAAAACGAUACGGAUUUAGAUAUUAAUACGUACAGUCACGUCUAUAUAGCUUGCGGGGUAGACGGAGCCAACUGUCUUGAAAAGACUAAAAGGCCACGUGCCGCUGUUUGACUUAAUGAUAGAAUUGAGAUUUAAAUAGUGACAGGUUGCUAGGCCAUCGCCUAAAAGAAGAAUUACAAGUUUAUGUGUCAAUCUCUUAGUCGGCUUUUACGACAUCCAUGGAAACGAGAUGUAGUGGUCCUAUUAAUUUUUUAUUGGUGCCGAGAACCACACGGCACAAUGCCAUAAUUAUACUGGCUUUUACUCCAACCGGGGGGUUGCAUUCACACCGCUCUGGAGAGCUAUACAGGGUGACUUUUAAUUCAACAGCAUCAAUUUAACUGUUAAGUAUACUCAUCGAAAGGAUAUUUAAAAACGUUAAAAGAAAAAUAUCGGUUCAUAUUUAAGAAAGUACGAAAAAAAAUAAAAGUAUCAAAAUCCACGAUCCUAAGUACGUCAUGUGACUCCGGCCGGCGGAAAAGCGACGCGUAAGAUUCAGAGGUCAACGACACAAUGCAUUCAGCUGAGCGAUCUCGACAACUCUGUACUUUACUUGAUCUUGAUACUAGAAAAAUAAUUUAUUUUUCAGACAUUUAUUUACAUGUUUAGUUUUAAUUUCUUUUUGUUGUAUUGGUCUUUAAUAAAUCGUGUGAAAACUACGUUUUUGAGGGCGUUAAAUGUGAAAAUGAUGACGCUUAAUUUAAAUAAAAAUAGGCUCAAACGGCUCAGAACCAUGGGUAUAGUCUAUGUUUAAAAGGAUGCAGUUGUUUUAAAUGUCACCCUGUAUGUAUAUUAUUCUUACGGGUUUAACGUUAAUACAUAAUAAUUUAUUAUUAUCAGCGUAAAUUCAAGUCUACGCACACAUGUUCACUUUUCAUAAACCUUGCGAGAAAAAUGUAUUAUAAUCAGAGAUCGGAUAUUCGGAUGCAUAUUAACCUAAAGUUGGGGUGUUGGGUUAGUAUGAAACGUACUUCUGUACCUCAAAAAUUCCGGGAUUCGGCAUUGAUACACUUAAUGUUCUAAUUAUGUAAAAGUUGUUCAGUUUGAUGGUCGUUCAGUUGAUCAGUCUGAAUAACCUCAGAAAGUUUUUGAACUGACAAAAUAAUCACGCGGUAUAAUUCUGGAAUCCCGGUAGGUAGGUAAAUUUUUAAUAAAUAUGAUCAUCCAUCACUUAUGUUUAAUAAAAUUUCCGGGAUUCAAAAUAAUUCGUAUCCCGAAGGCAAGAACUUUACUUUCUUAGCCAAAAUAUUAGUUUAGGUAAAUAUGCAUCCGAUCUCUAAUUAUAAUGUACCGCGUCUACAUUACGAGUGCGUAAGCGCUCCUGCAGGCAGAAGCUGUUACUGUAAACAGAUUACAGUUUACAUUAAGUGAUACGAUUCUAGUUAAUUAAAUUAUGUUGUAAUAAUCUUACGAUGUAAAUAUAAAAUAAACAAAU